CAAACUCACCGAGACGAGGAUGGGGCAUGGACGACGUACUUUUUACUGGCGGUAAAUUCCCUACUCAUCUGUCAGACCCGAACCAACGAUCACAGAACUCGUAGUGACAGUCAAACACAAUCGAGCACCGAGUGUUCGAUCCAACAUACCACAUACUGUGUGUACAUGGUUACCUUCAUACUGGAGUAUUAGUACUUAUUCUGUGUGUACAUGGUUACCUUCAUACUGGAGUAUUAGUACUUAUUCUGUGUGUACAUGGUUCCCUUCAUACUGAAGUAUUAGUACUUCAUCUGUUUGUACAUGGUUCCCACGUGGAGUUUAGCUGCCUUCCAGUUGGUUAGUAAAACAAGGCAGUUCACGACAAUUGUCGUCGAUCGACGGUGACGUAAAUUGUGGGGUGACGUAAACUGUGGGAGGGAGUUAAAAGUAAACCUGUGGGGCGCUGCGUGGCCGACAGCAAACAACCCGCAGAUGGAGAACUACAGGAAGACUCGCUCGGUGGAGCUCCCGUCUGUGUGUCCUUUCCCGGCUCUCCCCCCCGACACGCCGGAGGUCCGAGUGAGAGACGGCAGUAAGAUCCGUCACCCGCUGCGCUUCGCUCUCAGCCGCAUGGAGGAGAGGCGAGCGGCAGGAAGCGGGGCCACGGAGGGACACGCCUGCCGACAGAUCGUCCUCACGGCAAGCGGAAAAGGCGUGUCCAAAGCCAUCACGUGUGCAGAGAUGGUCAAACGGCGGGUGGGGGGCCUGCAUCAGCUCACCCAGCUGCAGUUCAGCACGGUGGAGGAGGUCUGGGACCCUCUGGAGGCCACCGCCGGCUUGGACAGCCUCACUGUCAGCAGGAACCUUCCCAACAUCUGGAUCCUCCUCUCCAGAGACACGCUGGACCGCAGCCAGCCCGGCUACCAGGAACCGGGACGCCACGACAACCUGUGGGCCCACGAGGAGGAGGCAGGAGGACCAAGAUCAGGAUCCAAGCGGAAAAAGGCAGGAGGAGGAGGAGGAGGAGGAGGAGCAGCAGCAAGAGGAGGAGGAGCUGGAAAAGGACGGAGACCCAGUCGUGAGUCAAAGGACAGAUCUAAAUUAACAGUGGAUGUUAAGAGCACAUAAAGACAAACCAUGGGACGUUGAGAGGACAUUCAGACAAUCAGUGGACAUUUGGAGGACCUGAUCAAUGAAAACAUGACUUGUAAUUGAUUUGUAGUUGAUUUACUAAAACCGGAUACAACGUCUCGACAGAGUUCACUUUUCAUUCUUCUGUCCCAGCAAUGUAAACCAGGAAAUCUGAGUAAAUAAUUAAAGAUGUUUACUCUGA